UCGAGUGCGCGUCGGAUUGCUUCAACAUUUUACCAGUUCGCGGUACAAAGGUGCAAUUGAAACAGAAAUUCAAAUCAGGAGCACACAGUGGAGUUUCUUCGCUGAGAGAUAGGGGCAAAAAGAAGUAACAUGUGUCUACUAUUAUUUGUACGAGUGUGAUAGUGAAUAUAACGAAAAGAACAGUGAUCGAUCGUGUUCACCAAAACAGUGGUUGCGCGCAGGAGUUUGAAUUGAGUUGAAAAAUAAUCGAACUUUUCCCUAUUGGAUUUUCCGCUGGAAUUAAAAGAAUGCAUUUACGGGAUCCCUUGGGGGUGGACACCCUUAGAACACUCCACGAUUCCCUUAGAAGAUGUCAUGGCGAUUUGGUAACGACAGGAAGUCCCACCAUCAUGUGCAGUUCAUUACCAUCUCAUUGGAGAUCGAACAAGUCUCUUCCGGUAGCAUUCAAGGUCAUCGCUCUCGACGAUGUCAUGGAUGGCACGCAAGUUACCAUCAAGGCUGGCAAUGACGAAAACUGUUGCGGCGAAUUGAGGAAUUGCACGGCGGUCAUGAAGAAUCAGGUCGCCAAGUUCAACGAUCUCAGAUUCGUCGGUCGUAGUGGAAGAGGAAAAUCAUUUACUCUAACGAUCCAGAUCAACACGAUGCCGUACCAAGUAGCCACGUACGCCAAAGCUAUCAAGGUUACAGUAGACGGACCACGCGAACCGAGAUCUAAGUCGAAUUAUCAGUAUAGCGCCGGUUUUCAUGGACUUGGCUUAUUCAAUCCCUGGCUGGAUCCCGCGUACUUUGGAUCCUGUUAUUUGCCGCAUCCUGCUUUAGUUAAAGGAGCGGUACCAUCACCCCCCGAUUUAUUCAAUUCGGCCUUCUCACCAAUUUUGACGUAUCCGUUUGAAUACGUCAAUAAUUAUCCCGAUUACGCGGCAUUGACGACAACCAAUGUGUCGACGACGAACGCGAUGACAUCGGUUCUGACGCUCGCGCCGAGUCCGUCCAGAACGCCGCCCAGCUCUAGCGAAUCGGGUAGUGAGUCCGCAACCGAAGAGGUUCGAAGUGCCUUCGUGCCUCUUCGACACAACACCUUACCACCGAGCACAUCCUCGUCGUCGUCGCCAGAUAGAAACGCCAAAAAAUCAACCGAGGGCACGAGAAACGAAUUGAAAGCGCCCACCGCGCUUAUUUCCCAGAGAUUAUCACCCUCACAGAGGAGUCCGUCUCCGUCGACGAAACUCUCGCCGCCGUCUGCGAAAGUAUGGAGGCCGUAUUCAAAAUCGUAGAUCCAAGUAACAAGAACAAGAUCCCGAAUAUCUUGGGCGAAGGCUAGUGAAAACGUAUCGCCGUGAUGGUAGACGAAAAAAUUAAUGAUUAAUUUUACGAAUGAAUAGAGUUUACAAACUUGAUAAGUUUUAUGAAUAAAUAUAAAAUUAUAUCAAACACGCGAUAAAUUUCAAAAAUUUCAAAAAUUUUAUACAUUUAUAAAAUUAAUCAUCAAUUUUUUGAAUAACUCAGCUUUCAGAUAUUCCGAGACGCAUCGAAGACGUUUUAUCUACCAUUGCGGACACAUGUUUCAAGUUUUACAAAUUCAUUUGAUGAAUUUUAUAAAUUUUAUUAAAUCAAAAUUAUAAAAUUCCCGAUGAAUUUUAUAAAUUUGAACAUAUGUAUAUAUGGAAACGAAUUGUAUAUGUACUGUGUAUAUAGUUCGUGGACAAUAAAAUAGUUACAGAGAGAUAAAGAUUUAUUUACAUUUUGUGUGUUCAUGGAAGUACACAUAUAAGUGAAUGAGUGAAGAAGGGAGGGAGAGCGAGAGCGAGAGAGAGAGACAGAGAGAGAGAGAGAGAGAGACCAAAACACAGAGAUAUUGAUAUUAUUUAUAAGCCAGAGUUUUAAUGUAAAUAGAUGGUAGAAAUGCAACGAGAAUGAAUAAAAUCGGAAUCCGCAUAAGAACA